AUGGUUCAACUGGCCGCCUUGACCAGCCCCUGCUUCUUCCACCGCCGCUUCGGAGACGCCGUCAACAUUGAGAAAGUGUUGGACGAGAUAAAAGAGGAUGACCAGUUGUCACACAGUCGUCUUAUGCAGACGGCUGCCAGUGUUCGCGAGGUCUCACGCCAGCUACAGAGAAGAUCCACAAAGCAAGCCGUACGCAACGUCAUGAUAGUCACAAAGGCCCGCGAUAACGCUCUGGUCGAUUUGACUCGUGAGCUGGCCGAGUGGCUACUUGGCAAACCGCGCUACGGCAGCGAUGUUGGUGUCAAUGUCUAUGUAGAUUCGAAGCUCCGUCGUUCGAAACGUUUCGACGCAGACUCACUGACUGCCAAAGACAAGCGUUUUGAGAGCAUGCUUCGCUUCUGGACACCCGCCCUGUGUUGGGCCUCGCCCGAGCUAUUCGAUCUUGUCAUAACUCUCGGAGGAGACGGCACUGUCCUCUUUACCUCGUGGUUGUUCCAACGCAUCGUACCGCCCGUCAUGUCCUUCUCUCUGGGCUCCUUGGGCUUCCUCACAAACUUCCAAUUCAACCAGUACAAGCACCAACUAGAUCGCAUCAUGGGUGACGCAGGUAUGAGGGUGACGAUGCGCAUGCGGUUCACGUGCACAGUCUAUCGCGCUGCCGCAUCAAACUCCACGCUCAAUCCUCCAAACACAUCCGACCCGUCAUGUCUGGCGACAGCAAAUCCAACUAAGAUCGAGGGCGAGACUCACGAAGUGCUCAACGAGCUGGUUAUUGAUAGGGGACCUUCAUCCUACAUCUCGUCACUAGAUCUAUACGCCAACGACUCUCUAGUUACUCGCAUUUCCGCCGACGGGAUCAUCCUUAGUACACCGACAGGCUCUACUGCAUACUCUCUUUCCGCCGGUGGAAGCUUGGUGCACCCUGAGAUUCCUGCCAUAUUACUCACACCCAUCUGCCCUCAUACCUUGUCUUUCCGGCCAAUGAUUUUGAACGACUCGAUGGAACUAAAAGUCUCCGUGCCGACAAAAGGUCGAGGCGGCGGCUUCGUCAGCUUUGAUGGGAAAGGGCGGAUACAACUUGGUCUAGGCGAUGAGGUUGUUGUUAGGGCGAGCAAGUACCCUUUCCCCACUGUUCUCAGUCAACCAAUGGAAUGGUUCGACGCUAUCAGUCGGACGUUGCGUUGGAACACUCGAGCCGCCGAACAAAAAGAUUGGGCAGGAAGAGACGGCGAAGGAAAGGAUGACGAGCUCGACGAGGACGGUGUUCCUAACGGAAGCAAAGAACCUGAAUUCGAUAUUGACUUCGAAGACGAGAUGGACAGUGUCCGAGAUUCUGGAUAUUCUGGAUCAAGCAGUACAGCAUGA